AUGGCCAUUUUCCAAGCAACCUCUGCAGUGCCUAUGACCUGCGAGUCAACUGCCACAAUCUGCUCAGGCCCAAACUGCCUUGCUCCUGAAAGUGACUUCAAUGCAAUCCUCAGCCUGGUGUUGAGCACAGUGCUCACCGUCAUGCUGGCUUUUGUCAUGUUCUCCAUGGGCUGCACUGUGGACUCUGACAAGCUUUUGGGCCACAUCAAGAGACCCUGGGGCAUCGUCAUCGGCUUCCUCUGCCAGUUUGGCAUCAUGCCUUUCACAGCCUUUGCCUUAUCGCUCGCCUUCAAUGUGCUGCCUGUGCAAGCUGUUGUCAUCAUCAUUAUGGGCUGCUGUCCUGGAGGCUCUGGCUCUAAUAUCAUCUGCUACUGGCUGGAUGGAGACAUGGACCUCAGCAUCAGUAUGACGGCCUGUUCCUCUAUCCUGGCCAUGGGGAUGAUGCCUCUCUGUCUACUCAUUUACACCUCCGUCUGGGUCUCUAGCGAAACCAUCCAGAUCCCAUAUGAGAGUAUUGGUAUCACUCUUGCUGCCCUUCUUGUCCCAAUUGCUGUGGGAAUGUAUGUCAAGCGCAGGUGGCCCGCCAUAGCUAAAAAGAUCCUCAAGAUUGGGUCCAUUGCAGGGUUUGGUCUCAUUAUCAUUAUCGCUGUGGUUGGAGGAAUUCUCUACCAGUCUUCUUGGGAUAUUGACCCCGCCCUUUGGAUUAUUGGAACUAUCUACCCCUUCAUUGGUUUUGGCCUUGGGUUCUUCAUGGCUCGCUUUACAGGCCAACCUUGGGAAAGGUGUCGAACCAUUGCACUGGAGACAGGUUUCCAGAACUCCCAGUUGUGCAGCACCAUCGUCCAGCUGUCUUUCAGUCCUGCUGAGCUGGAGGUCAUGUUUUCAUUCCCCCUCAUCUACAGCAUCUUCCAGCUAGUGGUGGCAGUCAUGUCUGUGGGAGCUUACCAAGUUUAUAAAAAGAAAUGUCUUCGUGUUUCAUCUGAGGAAGACAGUGAGUGUCCAGCAAUUGAAGAUAGCAUCGAUGAAACAGUAAAAGAGAAGCCCUAUGGAAUGGAAAACAGUGCCUUUGAAUUGGAUGAGAACAUGAACAAUGAAGAGAAGAGUAAGUACAUUAGCAAGAACACCGAGCUGUGA